AUGACAAAAGGCAAGUUCAAGACCCGUGAAUGUGGUAAAUGUAGCAAUAAUAUAACUAAGACGCAAUAUAGUUUGAAAUGUGCUGGGACGUGCGGUGGAUGGUACCAUAGGACAUGUACUGGGCUGUCGGACGAGCAAUUUUUGGCUUAUGAAAAGCGUAAGACUGAUCAGAAGUGGUUGUGUGGCAGAUGUGGUAGAAACAGGCAUUCUUCAUCAUCAGAUCAGUCAGACGCUUCUGAUCCCGUACCAAUGGAUAAUCCCAGUAACAAAGACAUAAUGAAAACUAUACAACAGAAGUUUUCAGAAAUAGAAAAGGCCCUUAAUUUUAAUGGCGAAGUGAUGGAGGGGUUACAAAGAACAAUACAAGCUAUAUCGGAUGAGAAUCGUGAAUUGCGAAAAACACAAGAGCAUCUUAAGAAUCGUGUUGCUGAACUGGAGAAGGAGGUAGUAACUUUGAAGGAAAAGGUUUCUAAAGAUGAAGAUGAAGCUAGGAAGAAAAGGGUGAUUAUUACAGGAAUUAAAGGAAAUCCGAAAAUUGAUGAAAACGCCAAAAAGUCUUUUUGA